ACGUAAGAGUGACAGUUUCCGCUUUUUGGGUCGCGCACGCGCAUUUCUCCCAAUGCGGCUGCCGGUGACCGGGAAGAUGGCGGUGGAAGGGCCAGAACAGAUGGAUCUGGACGAGGGCAAAGGUGGAACUGGGCUGCGCCAAUAUUACCUGUCCAAGAUUGAGGAGCUUCAAUUGAUAGUCAAUGAUAAAAGCCAGAAUCUUAGGCGGUUGCAGGCUCAGCGGAAUGAACUCAAUGCCAAAGUGCGCCUUCUUCGAGAGGAAUUGCAGCUUUUGCAGGAACAAGGUUCCUAUGUGGGCGAAGUGGUGAGGGCUAUGGACAAAAAGAAAGUGCUUGUCAAGGUUCACCCAGAAGGCAAGUUUGUGGUUGAUGUGGAUAAAAACAUAGACAUCAAUGAUGUGACUCCAAAUUGUCGUGUUGCUCUGCGGAAUGAUAGCUACACACUCCACAAGAUACUCCCAAACAAAGUGGACCCCCUGGUGUCAUUGAUGAUGGUGGAGAAAGUGCCGGACUCCACUUAUGAGAUGAUUGGUGGCCUUGACAAGCAGAUCAAAGAGAUCAAAGAAGUGAUUGAGUUGCCUGUCAAACAUCCAGAACUCUUUGAAGCUCUGGGCAUUGCUCAACCCAAGGGUGUACUUCUGUAUGGACCCCCUGGAACUGGGAAAACAUUGCUGGCCCGAGCAGUGGCUCAUCACACUGACUGCACCUUCAUCCGUGUCUCUGGCUCUGAGCUUGUCCAGAAAUUCAUUGGGGAGGGGGCAAGGAUGGUGCGUGAACUCUUUGUCAUGGCUCGGGAACAUGCUCCCUCCAUCAUCUUCAUGGAUGAGAUUGAUUCCAUUGGCUCCUCCCGCCUGGAGGGGGGCUCCGGAGGUGACAGCGAGGUGCAGCGCACAAUGUUGGAACUGCUUAAUCAGCUUGAUGGGUUUGAGGCCACAAAGAACAUCAAGGUAAUCAUGGCAACCAACCGCAUCGACAUUUUGGAUUCUGCUCUCCUUCGUCCUGGCCGCAUUGACAGAAAAAUUGAAUUUCCACCCCCAAAUGAAGAGGCUCGGUUGGACAUCUUGAAGAUUCACUCUCGGAAGAUGAAUUUGACACGGGGAAUCAAUCUGAGGAAGAUUGCCGAGCUGAUGCCAGGGGCCUCAGGUGCUGAGGUCAAGGGUGUGUGUACAGAAGCUGGCAUGUAUGCAUUAAGAGAGAGAAGGGUACACGUAACUCAAGAAGAUUUUGAAAUGGCGGUAGCAAAGGUGAUGCAAAAAGACAGUGAGAAGAAUAUGUCUAUCAAGAAGCUCUGGAAGUAAAAAAGCCAAUGCUUCCCAAGCAAGUCAUCUGUAUCUUUACACCCUCCUUUUCUUUUUCCUGUAAUAAAAUUGUUAACAGUCUUGGCUGCCAGUUGGGAAGAAGGCAGGGCACAAAAGAAAAGGGGGUUAUGUUUAAUAAUAUAUCCUAGUUUUCCAGUAAUGAAAAAUAAUGUAAUAAUAUGAACAAAUUGCAGCAGAUGAUUGUGGGAAAUACGCUGAAGUUUUAGGUUCUGAGUUAGGCAGAGAGCAUCUUAACUAUGUUAGAAGAACCCCUUCAAUUGUAUAUGUAAGUUCAACUUGUUUGAGCAUUUCAAUAACAUAUAUGAUUCUUAAUGUAAUAUUGUUGUCAGGUCAAUUUUGUCGUGUGUCAAUCAUCAGAAUUAAGUUCAGCUCUUGGAGUCCUUCUUACCACUUGAUAAACUGGUGUUUGUGAAUAACCCAUGAGAGAAAAACAGAAAGUAGGAAUUCUCAGAAAGUUGUGCAGCAUACUAACAGUGUUUGUUAAGAAGCCGUUCAAAAUUUCUAGGUCUUCAAAUAAAACUGCUAGCUCUGCAGGCAAGAGGAACCCUUUG